GCACUUCAGUGUGUCCACGUACACUGCAUAUAUAAAUCUGGACCGGGCCUGUAGGCAAUAUUGUGAAUGUGAAAGUUCUGAUUAACAAAUAUGGAGCGUGUGGGAAAGAUCACGUUUUAUGAAGACACAAACUUCCAAGGUCGCUAUUAUGAGUGCACCAGUGACUGUCCUGAGCUGAACACCCACUUCCGCCGCUGUAACUCUGUCCGUGUGGACAGCGGGGCCUGGGUUCUGUAUGAGAGGCCCAACUACCGGGGAUACCAGUACAUCCUGACCAUGGGGGAGUACCCUGAUUACCAGUACUGGAUGGGCAUCAACGACAGCAUCAGGUCCUGCCGGAUCGUACGAAAUGGGUCUGGUGCGUUUAGGAUUUGUGUCUAUGAGCGCCCUGACUUUAGUGGCCAGAUGUUGGAGAGCACUGAAGAUCUGAAGAACCUGCUGGAACGCUGGAACCUCCGGGAGAUUAAUUCCGCCCAAGUGCAGGAUGGUGCCUGGGUCUUCUACGAGCUUCCCGAAUACCGCGGACGCCAGUACCUGCUGGAGAGAGGACAGUACCGCCGCUUCACUGAGUGGGCAGCCAUGAACCCCAGUGUGGGGUCCUUCCGCCGCGUCAUCAACUUUUAGAUGGUCUGUCUUUUGGUUAACGUUUUACAC